CCUGGUUUAUUUAGUGAUGGCGAUUGCAUGAGUGCGUGUGAAUUUGAACAGUAACGAAAAUAAUAAUGGCAACGUUUUUUGGGGAAGUUGUAGAACGGUCUUCACGGGCUUUCUGGGGAGAUGAGUCUGAUAGCGAAGAUGAUGUACAUUCAGAAUCUCAUAAAAAUUACAGAAACCUUGAAGUGUCAAGUUCUGCCAUUAUACCAUCUACAAUAAAAUUAUUUUUGGUGGUUCAUGGACCACUAACAGAAGGUUUUAUUGAAGCGUGCUUUGUUGAUAAGGGAGUACCCAUAGUUGAAAUUAAAGAAACUGGAACAGAAGACAAUGAACAACUCAGAAGAAGAAAAAUUAAAUCAUCUGUUAUAUAUCACUUGGCCAGCGAUAUUUUGCUGUGUAUCUGCAGUCCGCAUUUAGACAUAGCUCAGUCAUUUGAUUUCACUGAAAAGAUAUCUCCUUGGAUGAAGAAUGCUGAGCAAGUGAUUAUAUUGACGUGCAGUCAUAUUUCUGGGUACCACAUUACAAGAUACCAAAAUGACCCUCCAGAUAUCUUCAUGAAGGCACUAAGAACAAAUAACUUCAUUUAUCCAGUACUGAGUGACCGUCUGGAACAACCUAACACUGUGAAGGGAAUACCAGCUGCAGUACUGACAUGGUGUCAGACAUUCAAGAUUCCAGCAGUUCUGUAUAUUUGUUACGCAAGGAACUAUGAAGUAGAUUCAGAUUCAGUGAAACUGUUCGUUCACCUUUUUUCCAAGUUGCCUUUCAAGCUACUGAAGGAAAAACCGAAUUUCACGAACAAGUUAUGUGGAGGUUCUGAAAUUUCUUCAACCUUGUAUCUGUGACUGUCAUUAAAUAUGCCUUCUUUGCAUGAAGUGUUGUUUCCUGAAAUAUGUUCAAAUAUAUAUUCAUUACUUGCUUAUUAAACAUAAUUUCUGUAAAUGAUAUGAUUUUAGAAACUGUUAUUCAUUUCCUUCCUUUCAUUGUUAUUGUUGUUGCUGUGAUGGUGUAAGACUAUGUCUGUGUGGAACCAGGCCUCUAAGGCAAUGUCCUACGUGAGCGAUAAGAAGCGAGCUAUACGAGCUGCAUAAGCAGCAUGGGGUGUCAUAUGACAUAAGGGAAUCGCUUGUUGUGUCCUACGUGAGAGACUGCAAUAGAAGCACACGGUCUUUCUGCGCAUGCACCUUCCCUGUACUGCACAGUCAGAGCUUAUCUGCGCAUGCGCCUUACUGGCCAGCGCAGCGACCUGCGCGAAAAUAUCAAAAUAUUUGAUCUCGGAAUCCGACCGCUUUACUCUCUUGACUGAUUAGCUGUAACCUAGGACAGCGCCAUACAAACAGCCAGUUUGAUAUUUCAGCUUCACCCACGCAAAUCGCACCGCUCGCAUUUAAUCGCUCACGUAGGACACCGGGUAACAGGCCCUUUGUCCAUCCCCCACAUGAUAUAUGAGUGAAUGUGAAGCAGUCUUAGAAUGAAUAUUACAAUUUUUUAUAGAAACGUAGUGCUGCAAGCCAAUAGUCGUUUUCAAAUUAGGAACAUUAAUUUGCUGCUGAUUGUGGAUGUACUUCCUGUACUCCACAUUAUGGUAAUAUAAAAGAAUACAUUAAGGUUACUUCAUCAUAGCUAUAAUGCCUGAAAUGUUAAAAGUGGAAGGAGACUCAGUCCUGUAAGAUCAUGUAAAUCUUGUCUAUUAUAAAUAAAAUAAUCUGAUCUGAAA